UUGGAAACCAUGCAAAACCAGAGCUGUGUCACUGAAUUCAUCUUCCUGAGCCUAUCACAGAAUCCAAAUGUCCAAAAACUAUUAUUUCUUUCAUCUUUGUUUGUCUACAUUGCAACUAUUAGUGGCAACAUGCUAAUUUCAGUGACCAUCUUGUGUAGCCCUGCACUUCUGGGCUCUCCUAUGUACUUCUUUUUGGCAUUCCUGUCCUUGCUGGAUGCAUGUUUUUCCUCUGCCAUCACUCCAAAGAUGAUCAUGGACUUGUUGCAUGACAGGAAGACCAUCUCCUUUGAAGGAUGCAUGAUGCAGCUCUUUGCUGAACACUUCUUUGGUGGGACAGAGAUGAUUGUCCUCACGGUCAUGGCCUACGACCGUUAUGUGGCCAUUUGCAAGCCCCUGCACUACUCUUCCAUCAUGAACUGGGGGCUCUGUGGCUCGCUGAUGGGGGUCGCCUGGGCAGGGGGCUUCCUGCACUCCAUCAUACAAAUCAUCUUCACUUUGCAGCUGCCCUUCUGUGGGCCCAAUGUCAUUGAUCACUUCAUGUGUGACUUGUUCCCAUUGCUGGAGCUUGCCUGCACCGACACUCACAUCUUUGGCCUUUUGGUAGUUGCCAACAGUGGUCUGAUCAGCAUCAUAGUUUUCUUCCUGUUGCUUGUCUCCUACUGCUACAUCUUAUUCUCUCUGAGAACUCACAGCUCUGAAGGGCGGAGAAAGGCUCUGUCCACCUGUGGGUCCCACAUCGCUGUUGUGGUUUUGUUCUUUGUUCCAUGCAUAUUUAUAUAUGCACGACCUCCAAUAUCCUUCUCCUUUGACAAAAUGGUAGCCAUAUUUUACACAUUAAUAACCCCAUUUCUUAACCCUAUAAUUUAUACUUUUAGGAAUAAAGAAGUGAAAAAUGCCAUGAAGAAACUGUGGAAGAGAUUAGUAGUGGUUUCUGAUGAAAAUUACGAGUAA